CAUCAUUUCGACACGCACGCCCUUGUCACCCGCCUCGAAUCGUCCGGCAUGCCACGAGCGCAAGCGGACUCCCUCGUCGCUGCAUUGGACGAUGUCAUCUCUGAGAGCCUGCGGCAGCUCGAGAAGGGGUGUGUGGGCAGGGAAGAAGGGGAGAAGUGGAGAUAUGCGCAGAAGGUCGACUUCGCCCGUCUCAAAAGCGAAAUUCAGCUGCUUGAACGCAAUGACUUUGCGAUGAUGAAAGCCGAGAACGAGCGUCUCAUGGCCGACGUCGAGAAGCUCAAGCAACGCCUUCGCGAGGAGAUUACCCGUACUACUGCUGGCGUUCGAUUGGAUCUAAACUUGGAGAAGGGAAGGAUAAGGGAUGAGAGUAGUGUGCAUGCGCUGAAGAUCAAGGAGGUCGACACGAGGAUUGAGAGUGAGAUUGCUGGGCUAAGGACGAGCAUUCAGAGUGCGAAGUUCAACGUGCUCCAAUACCUCGUCGGUGUCGCCACGGGUGCUGGCGCUCUCCUUCUCGCCUUCAUGCGCUUC